UUUUAAUUUCAAACUUUCUCAUUUAUCCGGAUUUCCUACACAUCUUGAGAUGCCGACUAAGAGACACAUUCUCAGUUAUCACUAUACAGUUCUUAUUAUCAUGGCUUCUUUCCAGACUUUCGAAAUAACAGGGAUAUUUUUACUUUUUAGCUCAAAACCAUCGAUUCCAUCCAUAUUCUCAACCAAAUCAAGGAAAUCAACAAAUAACAAAAUCUGUUCAAAUGCCGCCACCACUUCCUUCCUUUCAGCAACAAAUGGCUCUUGCAUUGAAUUUAAUGGCUAAUUCUGAUGUUUCUUCACUUCAACAAUUUGCUCAAAAUACUAAUAACAAUAUUCCCCCUCCUCCUCCUCCUUCAGAAUUAAAUUCAAAUUCACAAUUGGCUGCUUUAGCAGCAAUGGCUAAUUCUCUUGGGGGAAAUAAUCAAGCACAAAUUGCUGGAAGUAAUUAA